AUGGCUAAUGGAACUCCUGAUCAAAAGACAAAAAAAGAAAAAAUCUACGAUUUGAUUUCUGUGGCCCAGGCGAUGAAUAAAGACUUUGCUAAAAAAACCAAGGAACUUUUUGACCCAGAAGUAGAAGCCGUAAAAGAGGCUAUUUCUAAUGGAAUUUACGUUUCCUUUCGGCCUGUUGGAACUCAAUUUGAUCAGCAAGAUUGUUUGAGGGUAAAUUCUUCUGGAAGGUGCUUCUGUUCCCAUGCAUUGAAAGAGCAUAAUCAAUUUACUGCAGCCUCAAGAAAUACUGCAUGCAAAUUCCCCGAAUGCCCUUGCAAGCGUUUCCUCUAUGCUCCCAGCCGGCCGGAGGAUUUUGGUGAGUUUUGGUUGCCGAAGCGGCGGGAUUUCAAUCGUGAGGCAUACCGCAUGAAGUGCAAAUGCAAGCAUACCCACGAAGAACACACUAGUUAUCCCUCCCCGUUUCGUUGUAAGGCAAAAAAGUGCAACUGUCUUGCCUUCACUUCGGCGUCUCUUUGUGCAGCCUGCGACCAACACUGGGAGCAGCACGACACGGUAUUUGAAACUGAGGAAGAACGAAAAAAAGCAGGACGACAAAUAAGUAUGUUACCUAGCCCAACUGCCAUUAAACCGAGUCGGGAAGAGUGGUAUCCGUUUUCCGAACUGCCAGCAAUGCGUGACAUUGCUCUUACCGGUGAACAGUUGGCAGAUGCCAUUCCAUCACCACCACCACCACUCCCAUCAAAUGCCCCAGCAGACAAUAACACACCCUUUCAUCCCGGUAGAUAA